UCUUAUUACAUUUUAUUUCUUCUCUUUGGAUUACCUUUUCCCAGUUCAAUUGAAAACUUUUUACACUCCAUUUCCAAAUCAACAACAAGCAAAUGUCAGCUUUUCCUUCGCCAUCCAAUGACGAAGAAGCUGUCGCGCAAAUGGCCCAACUUACUAUUGAAGGGGACAAACCAUCGGUAGAAGAUAAAGGAUCGUCUCCGUCGACUUCUGAAACCGAUAAUCAAGAUACCAAUGAACAGCAGUCUGGCGUAGAAAUGGUCAAUCCUGCCCUGGAUGCUGUUAUUCUUGCUGCUCUUCGAAAACCCCAGGACCGAAUCUUCUUACUGAAACUGGACCUUGAAUUUGAGAACUUCAUAAACAAUCCUCAACGAGUUAGACUUGACUUCCCUCAAAUGAACUCAUACCAGCGAUUGAUUGUACAUAGAGUUGCAACCUACUUCAAGUUGACUCAUUUGUUUGACCCUGUCAGACGUUCAAUAUAUCUUUGCAAGAAUGUCAGCACCGAAAUCCCUGUAGUUCGAUUUUCGGAUCUGAUUGAAAAAGAAGAGGAACCUAUCACCACUGCACCAAAGUUUCAAAUCAUGCGACGACUAUCGUCAGGCCGUGGCCAUCGUAAAGGGGAUGUUUCUCCGUCCGAUAGCAAUCUGUCUUCCGACAGCAAAAGUGCAUUGGAUCGUAAGCAGAUGACGCUAGAAGAGCGAAAGGUAGCCUACGAAGAGGCUCGGGCAAGGAUUUUUCAAGAUUUUGAGUCCAACAGUGGUGAAGGCUCCGAGGUGGAAGCAGCCAGCCAGCCGAGCUCGAGUACAGGCAGCCCUGCCAUUAAAGCGGCUGUAGAGAAAAAAGGCUCAGGGACAUCGACACCGGAUGAAUCACCAGAAGAACCUACGGCUGGAAUGUCCCGAAAUCUUAGCAACAGAGGCAAGCAGUUCGCACCACGUACUCAAACGAAUUCCAAACGGCCGCCACCCAGAGAUAAGGAGACCACGACAGACGCUACGAAUUCAUAUCCUCGAAUGGAUAAUCGGUUUACAGCGCAAGCACAACCCUUUUUACCAAGUCAACCAUCACCGUACCAGCCGUCACCUUAUGCCUCACAGCAACCAUCACCCGCAUAUAACAACUCACGCAACAACAGCCCUUUUGGCUAUCCAACAACUCCUUACUCAAACACACCACUUUACGACCCAUAUAAUGCAAAUUUGGUUCAACCCAACAAUCCCAACUUUGCAAAUUAUUGGAAACCUCAACGACCACAAACAGCCAAUUCCACUUCCAUCCCUCCUUCCAUGUCAGCCGCAGGUCCCAGCUCACAACAACAUCCAUCCCAACCUUUAUCGAGGGUGUGGAAUCCCAAUACCAAUACCUCGGCAGAGCCAUGGGGCUUGCAGGAUUUCACCCCAUCUCCUUAUGUCGAUAACAUGCGCGUGUGGUCCACUCGACCUGACAAUCGGGAUUGGGGCCCGCUUUGGUAGUUUUUAUCGUGAAACCAUCGCACAUAUCUUUUUUCCUUUCAAUCUCCCUUUCGCUUACGUUUCUUUUCUUUUCUUGUUAUCUGCUUGAUGUUAUUAUCAUUUUCCCUUCCCAUUUCUACAAAAGCAAAACCCUCCAUCUCGUCAUAACAAACAUUUUUACAGAACAGAAAAAUACAAGUUAUUUUUUAUCUAAUUCAUUUACUCAGUUGCACAUGAGCGUGUAUUUCAAAAAUAUGGGUUAAAGCGUCUAAGCAAGGAAUGGGAACAUGGCACGUCUGUUUUUUGGGUAUUGCGGGAACUCUCUUCUGUAAGCCUUGUGCUUCUUGAUGGCCCAAACGUACAUCUGUUCAAGAAUU